UGCCCGAGCGCCGUGGGCUGAGACAAAGAGCCCUCGCCCCCAGCACAGCCGGUCCCGGGACACGCCCGGCCCGGCUCCCACCGAAGGCUCCCGGGGCAAUGGCCAGGUCUCCGCUCGGCCCCGCUCUCGGCAGCGCUGCUCUCUCCAUCUGAUCGUCUUCCACCCUCCCCAUCUCCUCCCGGUUCCGGGCACUCCGUUCGCUCCCAGCCUCUCCCCAGUCUGUCUGUCCGUCUGUCCGUCUGUCCUGGCGCGCAACCUCGGCUUGGAUGGACGCGCCGAGGCUGCCCGAGCGUCCAGGGGUCUUGCUUCCGAAGUUGGUCCUGCUCUUUAUCUACGCAGAUGAUUGUCUUGCUCAGUGUGGCAAAGACUGCAGAUCUUAUUGCUGCGAUGGAAACACGCCCUACUGUUGCUCCUACUAUGCCUAUAUUGGGAAUAUUCUCUCGGGCACUGCAAUUGCUGGCAUUGUGUUUGGAAUCGUAUUUAUCAUGGGGGUCAUUGCUGGGAUUGCCAUAUGCAUCUGUAUGUGCAUGAAGAACAACCGUGGGACCCGGGUGGGUGUUAUCAGGACUACCCACAUCAACACCAUCUCCUCCUAUCCUGUGUCACCACCCCCUUACGGUUAUGACCACGAGAUGGAGUACUGUGCAGACUUGCCUCCUCCCUACUCCCCAACCCCACAGUCUUCAGCACAGCGUUCUCCACCCCCUCCUUAUCCUGGAAAUUCGAGGAAAUAAUCCUUCUCUCAGAACAGAACAUGUGCCAAUUAGUUAUCUUGCCUGGAAUAAAAUGCCUUUAUUCAGAAACAGGUAGGAAAGAAUGACUCUCAAAAAUACUUUUUUGGGGUCAAAUAAUAUUUCAGGUAGAAUGUCUAUGCUAAGAGAUACAUUAUUCCUACCCUGCUCAGAGUUGACCCCACCUAGAGUAUCAUGUUUUGUUCUAUGGUGCCACAAUUAAGAGAUCUACUGAUCCACUUAAGCACAUCCAGAGAAGAGUAAUAAGAUUGACAAAUAUCUAGCAAACAUGUUGUUUAAGAACUAGAUGAAGGAAAUUUCAGUAUUGACCCUGGAAAAGAGAAUAUUUGAGUAGGAUAGAAAGAUGGGCUGGCCCGCAUAAGAAAACAACUUUAUGGUAGCUUUAAAAGUCAGAAUUAGGAUUGUUUAUUCUUUCAUUCAUCAAUAAGUUUAUAUUGAGUGCCUGAGAGCUGACUAUGUGCCUGGCAAUAUUUGAGACACUGGAUGGAAGUUAUAGGAGGGGAACUUUGGUUUUAGCA